UCUGAUGUCGCGCAAUCCGAGUAGCUUAGUUUAACACACAGUUGAGACUGCACAUUUCAGAGGCACUGAAGGGCAUUUUAUACUCGUUUACGAUAUUUCGUUACGUGAAAACCCUCGGGCUCCGUGUAACAAUGGAGGCAUAUUUACGGAGCUGUCGCGAUGUGCUUAAGCCUGGUUUAAUAGAGGCCACCACCAAAGCCUUAUUAUGAAGAACUAGUGUUGUAGUAAGAACAGCCCAGGGCUGCAUGUCGUUAUGGGAAAUGAGGCCUGUGAUAUGGACUCCAUGGUAUCAGCCAUGACCUUCGCCUACUUUCUUUCAAAGAGUCUUGAUUGUAAGAGGAUGCCCGUCCCUGUGCUCAACAUCCCACGGGCUGAGUUCCCCUUGCGCUCCGACAGCACCUUUCUGCUGAGAGAGUCCGGUCUGUCGCAGGACUGCCUGCUGUUCAGGGAUGAGGUGGACCUCCACGGCCUGCACAAGAACAAACUGCUGACACUGACGCUGGUCGACCACAAUGUUCUGCCCAGAGCUGACACUGAGCUGGAGGACGCAGUUGUGGAAGUGAUUGACCAUCACCUCCUACAGAGGCCCACAUCCCCCUCCUGUCCCAUCACUGUGGAGCCUGUGGGCUCCUGUGCCACCUUGGUGACUGAGCGCAUUGCCCAAAAAGCACCUGAGGUGCUCGACCAACAAGUGGCUCAGCUUUUAUACGCUACCAUUAUCCUAGACUGUGUUAACAUGGCACCUGAAGCAGGUAAAGUCACCCCUAAGGACAGCCAGUACGCCGUCUUUUUGGAGAAACGUUUUCCAAAACUGCCUCAGAGGGGCGCUCUCUUUCAGUCGCUACAGAAUGCGAAGUUUGACGUGUCAGGCCUCUCUACAGAACAGAUGCUGUUGAAAGACAUGAAAGCCGCAUCUGGUGGAGAUCUAAAAUUGGCUGUCAGUGUCAUUUACAUGACACUAGAGGCUUUUCUUCAGAGGCGUGGACUACAGCAGGACCUCUGUGAUUUUUGCCACAAUCACAACUACAACCUGGUGGUUGCUAUGACAAUCUCUUUCAUUGACAACAAGGAGCCCUUCCGACAGCUAGCCGUCUACAGCUCCAGCACUGUCAAUAGGGAAGAGAUGAGUGAAGCACUAGAAAAAGCCAAAAACCCCAGUCUGGACCUUAAGCCAAUGAGCAGUCCAUAUCCAGAUGUCAAGGCCUUUAUACAGGGUAACACAUUAGCAUCCCGCAAGAAGGUAAUGCCCAUAAUCACAGACUUCCUGAAGGAGAGGGAAAGAAAAGUGUAUCAAAUUGGGAACAUAGAGGACCUAGAUCUGGACGAUGAUUCCAAUCUGGACCAGAGUGCCUCACAACAAUGUCCCGAGGAUGCUGGGAUAGAGGAUGAUGGCCAGGUUCCUCCAACGCCAAUGAACAGUCUUGUGGAGGGUUGUCCCUUGGACAAUGGCCUACCAAAAAUCAGUCCUGAGGUUUUGGUGGAGAAAGUUAGCAAGAUGGCCAGCAUGGAGGACACGUCGUCUGAGGGACAGUGAUGAGAGUCUUGAAUAAGAGCUGGAGAAGGAAAGGCCUUCUGCGUCUUCAAGAGGGUGAAGUGUAUAUCCAACAGUGCUGCAUCAGGGCUUGAGAAUGAAAUGGCACUUUUUAGACCUGGUUAACUCACAAAGGUACGAUACAGUCUGAAGAGACCAUUCUGUUGACUUUCUAAGGACUGGUACAUGACCAUUCGAAUGGAGCAUUACAAAAAUGCAUUAUAUAUAAAAUGUUCAAAGUUCAAAGACUAUCAUAAAAAAAAAUUCAGGUUUAGGCUGUUUAUUUAUUGUUCGCAGUAAUAUUCAUAUUUUAUCUUCUAAAUGAAUCAGAAGUGUCUCAUUGAGACAAACAUUUAAACAUUAUCUAAAAUUGACAAUAAGCACCCAGUGCUAGCUUGCAACUGACAAUUAAUAGAAUAAACUGAUUCAGAAUGAAUUUCCAGUAUUAUCCAAUGAAUUAUAACAUGGUAGCUAUCGUUGCUUUUGAUACAAAUAACAUACUUCAUUCUUUUUAGUUUUAAUUAAAGGAGUUAUUUUCAUCAUGUCUGUGGCAUGGCUUUGAUUCCCCCAGAAAAUCAUUUUGACUUCUCCCUUGAUUUACAAAACUGAAUGGAAAAUGCAUUUACAGUAACACUCUUACAGUUUUAUCCUAGUCAUGAUUUCAGUUAAACUUUGAAACAAUACUAGAGUUGCAUAUUUACAUUUAUCCAUUUACAAAUUAUAUAUAUAUUUUUUUUUCAGUGCUGCCUGUUUGUCUGCAAACAGGGCAAGUAUAUCAGCAUUUACGCAGUUCCUGUUGCGAUGAGUCAAAAUGAUUGUGUGGUAAUUGGCAGCGUGCCAAAGAUGCAAUCCGUAAAUCUUAAAUUGAUGACGUUAUGUCAUUUUAUCUCACGUAGCAUCAAAUGUAAAUGAAGAUGAACAUUCUUUGGAUUAGUGCAUCUUGUCAUAAUUCCCCAGUAAUAUUGUAAAGGAGUUAUUGUUGGUACGUGAAAAGUGAGCGUAACCCUUCUGUGGCCUUUUGCAUGAUAUAGGUGUUAACUGACUUGCUCUACCAAAGACCUCAGUUGUAUUUGUGUGUGCAGCAUGUUAAACAUUUCAUCAUUUGAGAUUUAAAACUUUAGUAUUCUUUUCGUUUCUAUUAUGUUAUCUUACAUAAUUUAUUUGAUGAUUUGUUGGCUAUUUUAAAGACCUAAUUGGACAAAUCUUAUUUAAUGACAUGUUCUGUCAGACAGUUAUAUAAAGAUGUGUUUUUCCCCCAUAGAAGAUAAAGAGCUAAUUUAGUUACAACUUAAUUAACAGUUAAACAAAAUCAGUUAAUAUUGGACAUGAAACAUAUAAGAUGGUAUGUUGGUGUUCUGAGCUGUUGUGUAUCCCUUGUAUUGUAACCCUGACCGAAAGUUUGGUGAGAUUUGACAUGGUGACAGCAGAGGAUUGCCGUGUGCUGCCUCAGGAGAACUUAGCACAUACUAGUUGAAUCCGCCAAUAUCAUAAUAAUGUUGAUUUAAUGUAAAUGUAUUAAUGUGCUAUGGUUGUGUAACAGGACAUUCAAGAGCAAAUCCUCUGUCAAGUUUUUUACUGCCAAGGACUUUAAGUUCUCUGUUACUCAUUAUGAAUAUAACAUUUUCAAAUUGUUCCAUAUGUGGUUUGUAAGCUUUAUCUGUAAUAAAGACACAAUUUCAUUGCA